AUGGAACAAAGAAAACGAACUUGGAAUGCAAAGAACUUGUCAAAUAUUGAGACUACUCCACUCCCUAACUUCUCCAAGAUGGGAUGCAUGUUUGAGAAGAAGCCUAGUCAUUGUAUCAAGAAUGCAAUUGCUAAUUCAGACAACUUGGACAACAUCGAAAACUUUAUUAUGGAAAUGCAAGUGAAGUCCUUUCAGAACAAAUUCUUCAAGAGGAUAAAACUCCUUUGCAUUGCAUUCGCAUUGGUGAUGAUCCUGAUGGGGAUUUCUAUUCACUUUUUCAUGGAAAAUUCAGCUGAUUCUGAAAUAGGCAGAAAUAGGUGAAUCAUCUCGGGAUUCAUGCUUAUUUUAUGAGUGGGUAUACUGCAGUACUAUCCAGAGAAGCAUGGCAUCAUUUCUCCAGCCUUUUUGGUAUGGAUCUUUAUCUGUCUUAGUGAUAUUUAUAAGACUUCAGAUAGGUAUGUCGUUCAUGAGUACUCACUGCCUUGAAUUGGGUAUGCUUACGUGACUCUUGUAUUGAUUCCUAGCACUUGGGAAGCCAAUUUGAUUGCUUGGAUACUCGGGUUUGGAUACAAUAUUUCAACUAUCUAUGAAAAGCGUGGUGAAGUGCCUACCACCUUCUGGAUUGCAAUGUUUCCUGCAAUGUUUUAUUACAUCACCACAUCAUAUCUUCAAAAUGAAAAACUCAAGGAACUCUAUGAACACUUGAGGAGCAAUGAGGUUCUGCGGAACGAAAUGACUAACAUUUUAGAAACGUUUCCAAAUGGUGUCCUCAUUCAUCCUUUUAACCCAAAUCCUGAAGAUACAAGGCCUCCUUUUACAAACCAUGAGUUCAAUGAGAAAGUUCUGCAGAUUAAUAAGCAGCUCAAUGAAAUAGAGAAAGUAAAAAUCGUGUUCGAUCAGGAUCACAGAGGCUCUCAACAAAAAGUUAAGUGAGAUUUGCUGACGUACCUGACAGAGAUCCAUCAAAGGCUUCAAAGCAGAGAGAUCUUUAAACAACACACUGUCAAACUGCUCAACUCAGCGAAAGGUAGGGACUCCUCAAAAGCCUUGGAUGAAGACAUUGACCAAAUCUAUACAAUAAAGUGCAUUAAGGUCGAAUGGGCCAGUAUGCCGUGCUUUAUGAAUGUUUUCAUUGAUAACACUGACAUUGUCAAGCUAGAGAAGGCUAACAAUAAUAUUAAAUGGCAAAAGAUGAUGUUUGCAAGCGCGAGUCAUGAAUUUAGAACUCCUCUCAACGCUAUCAUGAAUUCUUAUGGAUUUCUUAAACAAAUCCAUGAGCAAGUCUUUGCUCUUGUGUCAGGCCUCGAUUCUCUAGACAGAAAUCUUGCAAUGGAGCUUGACUUUUUCUCAGAGCAAAUCUCAAAGUAUCUAAAAAUGGGAUCUGCCAGUUCGAGCUUACUGCUGUCACUAAUUGAAGACAUUUUGGAUUUAUCCAAGAUGGAAGCAGGCACUUUCAGUAUUAACAUGGGGGACUUCAAGCUUUGAGAACUUAUCAACGAAGUUCAUGAAAUAUUUUCACUGCAAACAAGCCAGAAAGGGAUUCUCUUGAUAGCCAAGGUUGACGACAUCCUCAAAGAUGUGAUGAUCAGAAGUGACAAAGGAAGGAUCAAGCAGGUCUUGUUGAACUUAGUUUCAAACAGUCUCAAGUUCACUUUCAAAGGAAGUAUUGCAAUCUCAGUCAAAGCAAAUAGGAAAUCUAGAGGUAACUUUGUAGUAUUCGAAGUGGCCGACACUGGGGUCGGAAUAAAACAGAGCGAACAAAAGAAGCUCUUUAAACUCUUUGGAAUGGCUGAUAGUGACAAAAGCAUGAACCCUAAUGGCUGAGGUAUUGGCCUAACCAUUAGUAAAAAAUACAUAGAGAAGCUAGGAGGAUCAAUUAAGCUUAGUUCUGUCUACAAGAAAGGGACAACAACAAAGUUCACCAUCCCUAUUUCUUCAGACAUAUUUAUAAAGCUAAAUAGGCAAAUGCCGAAUGGAGAGUCUCAGAAUUUGGGGGAUAAAAUUGGUUAUCAAACUCUCUGUAAUUCACUUGAUCCAAAAGAAGAGUCUAAAUGAGACAAAGACCAAAGACUAGAAACGAGGGAUUAUAAUAUCCAAAGCCAACAUAAUCUAAGAAUGUCACCUUUAGAUAAGGAUAACUUUGCAACAACCGAAGAGCUUUACAACACAAGAGAGGACAGAAUUUUGUUGGGGAAGUAUGGUUCGAGAAAGAUCAAAGUUUUGACAGAUCUCAAUGAGAUUUCCAAAGAGGCCGGCCUAAAAAUGGCGAAAUAACAUUUUAGCAAGUAUCCUAUA